AUGAAGUUUGUGCGCCAGCCCCUACUCAAUGAUUCCCCGUUUUUGUUCUCGGAAGAAUCACGGUUCUUGAUGCACAUUUUCGCCACGCAAACUGCCCAAAUGCUGUUCCCGGCAGCACCUGAGUUCUUUCUCCGCAGGAUGAUCAGCGCCGCCUUGGAGACGCCACAUCUUCUAUACGCGCUGUUGGCUAGCUCAUGUAGCCAUCAUGGCCGGCUUGUCCGCGAUUCCAGCCCGGCCUCAAGGGUUAUCUUGUUGAAAUAUACCAGUCUGGCCAUAUCCGGGCUCAGAGAAGCGCUUUUGGAUCCGGAGCAGGCGACGAAAGCCGAGACUGUCACAACUGCAAUGGCUUUGUGCACAAAUGAUGUCUGUAAUGGGGAUAUGGACGUAGGGCGCGCUCACCUUCGUGGGGUAUUACGGCUCUUGAUGACGUUUCUUGAGCACGAAAGGAUGUCAUAUCACAAGAUGAACGACACAUACGUUCAAUGCCUGGUGAAGUGGUUCAGAAGUAUGGAUGUUCUGGCCGCGCUCUCGGGAGUACACGGCGAGUGCAUUCAUCGUCCGGGUAGUGGCGCGUUGGAUCAGCUGUCAGACCACACUAGCUGGCAUGUUGAUUGUAUUAGCGGCUACUCGUUAAGGCUAAUGCCAAUACUGGCGAGAAUAUCAAAGCUGGUCAAAGAGGUAAGACAUCUCGCCCAUGGAACAGUGGAAACAGAUUGUGCACUGCCGCGCGGAACAAGGAUCCAAGCCGAGGAGCUUGAAAUGGAGCUUUACCAAUUCCUUGAGCCUCGUACGUCGAACGACGCGUUGUCUUGCGGCGGAAGUGUCGUUAUUGAAUUGCGUUGCUCCCAUUUUGCUUUUGUCCACGCUGCACUACUUCACCUCCACCGGCGGGUGCAACUGCUUCCCAAGGCCCAUAUCAAGGUUAGGACAGAUGUCGCAAACAUUCUCGAUAUCUUGCGCUUCAUCGAGCCCGACUCGUCUAUGAACGUACUGCUUCUUUGGCCAGUAUUCAGCGCCGGAUGUGAGACUGAAGAGUGGGAGGUACAGAAUGAAAUCUUCACUCGCAUGGGGCACAUGCAGGAUCGGGGCAUGGGUAACUUUACCAGGGCCAGACAGGUUUUACGUCAAUAUUGGACAUUCGGUAGCCAUCUACCUUGGGACCUUCACCUUGAACAACUUGGGCUUCAGCUCAUACUGUUCUAG